AUGAACUUGAAGACAACACACAGACAAAAGCAGAAAUGUGAGAAAUGCUUUAAAAAGACGGCCACUAGAGCAUGCCUUGCUUGUGGCUUAGGAGAGAACUUCUUUUACUGCACUAAAUGCGAUGAUAAAUGACACCAGACCAAGUACAAAAAGAAGCACCAAAGGAAGGAUCUACACCCUCAAGAAAGAAGAGACCAGAAUCGUGGAAGGAGCGAAGAUUUAGCCAUUGGAAGAAUAAAUGAAAACCUUCACAACGAUCAGGCACUUUCUCCAAUAAGAUCUCCUAUAACUCCAACUGAAUACAUAAAUGCAUUUACUAAUCCACCCAAGGUUGAGGUGGAAGUCAGUUGUCCUGAAUAUAGAGAUGCAGAAAGUGCCUGUAAGAUCGAUACAAGAAAUAUGUGAACUCAGACAGAUGAAAAUUUAGAAGAAAUACACCCUUUACCAGAAUUAUUGGUUUCAAAUAAUCUGGUUAGGACCAGACCUGCGUUUACGCGGACUCAGAAGAGGAACAGAGCAAAGACACUCAAGAACUCUCGAGAAGGAUCAGUGGAUACAUUACAAAAAUGUGAUUUUAAGGAUAUAAAGGAUCCUUAUGGAUCUAAUGGCUUUAAAGGGUUUAAAUACCCCAAUAAUCCUGCUGACGUUCAAGCACUACAAGGCUCAUUUAAGAAGCUGGGAUCUAUUAUCUCAACUAUCGAUCUUGAAGACAAGGAAAAUUUUGAUGAAAACAUCAGAAACAACAGGAUUGACCAUAAGCUAAAUUUCAAUACUUCUGGCUCAAUAUGUCAGAAUUAUGAACAGAAGGUCACACAGCUACGUGAGAAAUAUAAGAAGAGUCUGAGAAAUCUGAAGAAGUCCUUCAUGUCUCAACUGACAGAUCUUAAGACUGAAAUUGCGAGAAGUGAGAUUACUCAUCAGAAGAAUAAAGUUACCUUUGUUGACUUACAGAAUAAGAUCGACUCUUUAGAGAAGCAGGUUUCAGUGCAAAAGCUGGAAAUUUUGGAAAAGGAUUCAAUCAUUGAGAGUCUCCAGACAGCAAGAUUUAAUCUCAGAAGUAUAAAAGGAAGUACUAAUAGAACUAUUUCUCAGUAUCAAGAACAGAUUGACUUCCUUAAGCAAAAGUUUGAAGCAGAGCAGAGAAAGAAUAUCGAGCUCGAAGAUCUCCUAAAGGAGUAUAUGAGCAAAUCUAAUUUAGAGCAAAUUCUACAGGAAAAGGACAUUCAGAUAAUGACUCUUACCCAAGAAUUGACAGAUCUAAAAGGCGAGUUCUUUGUAGCACUGAAUGAUAUCCAAAAAGACACUGAACUGCUGAGAAGUCCAGCAGAAAUGGACUUUCAACAAAAAGAAUGAUACUUCAACCACACUGAUAUGCUUGGGUAA